AUGACUGUUGCGGUUGCUAUCCACCGGCCCUCCACCCACACCCUGGUGGGCUCCGCCCUCCUGCUGCUACUGCUGGCCCACCCGGCCCACCCAUCCGGCUCCCCCGCCAUACAAGUCACCCCUGUGGGUGCUGGGGUAUCAAGCCGCCCUCUGAUCAAAAUCGUAGCCGAGAAACGCCGCGAGUCCGAACACGGCGGCGGCAUCAAUGAGUAUUUUCAGUUCGACAAUGUGUUCGAUCAGGGCGGCAGCGGCGGUGACUUCGGCUUAAAGCAAGGGGGUGGGUUUGGAGGCGGAUUUGGAGGGGGAGGCGUUGGAGGAGGAGGUGUUGGAGGGCGACCAGUUACCAUCUUCAAUACAGUCACCAUCACACACACCAGCAUCCAACAGGUGGAGCUGACCAAAACUAUCACAGACACAAGUAUCAGUUAUGUAACACACCGCAGCACUGAGUACAUCACUUAUACUACCCCACUACCUGUGUACAACACAGAGUACGAGACGGAGUACCGGACUCAGUACUUCACAGAGACAGAGUACCAGGAAGUACCUGUGUACACCACCGUCAUACAGACGCAGUAUCAGACAGAGUACCAGACCGAUACGUCUAUACUGGAGGUCCCAGUAUACAGUACUCUGAUCUCCACAGUAUACCAUACAAAGUACCGGACUGAGUACUCUACUGAAACCGAGACCCAACAGCUGCCUAUCUAUAGCACGGAGUACUCGACGUAUACUGAAACGACGCACCUGCCGACGUUUCUGACGGAGACGCAUUUCGACACGCAGUACGUCACUUCGACGACAGUGGUGACGACCACGGACAUCGAGUACGUCACCGUGACGACCCACCUCACCACGACGGCGUACCAGGACGUGUACGUCACGCAGACGCAGGAGGUCCCGACCUACGUCACCAGCACGGACUACCGCCAAGUGAUCAUCACCCAGACGGAGACGCAGCCGCACUACAUCACCACCACCGAGCUGAAGGAGGUAGUGGUGACCCAGACCACCACUGUACCGCUGUACCUCACCACCACGGCCAUCUCCGAGGUGCACUUCACCACCACGGUACCCAUAAACAACUACCUAACUACCACGGUACCGGCGUAUGUGGUGAGCACCAUUGACAGGUACCUGACCACCACGGUACCCUACUACGUCACCAGGACAACCACAGCCCAGGUACUGGUUGACAGACCUUCCAAGACGCUACAUCCUAAGAAUUAUUACACAUACUACGCCAAGCACUAAGGGAACUACUAGUUUAAGACGCCCCCUAGUUUGGAUAGCAAGUUUUAGGGGGUUCCCUAAGUUUAGACGGCCCCCUGGUAUGGAUUCGUGGGUUUAGGGUCCCCUAGUUUGGAGCCCUAUGUCAUGGAGGAAGCUUAAUUAAGCUUAGGGUAGUUAAUUCUUGAGAAAGGUCUUGUAGAAAAACAUUUUCAAAGUGCCUGGAAGAAAUACUUUAGUUUAGGGUAACUUUUUAAAGGCUGUGACUGAAUUAUUAGUUUUUUUAAAACUGCUUUUAUGGAAUUGUUGAUCCGUAAAAAGAUUUAUAUCAACGUUCUCAUUUAUAAAUAUUUGAGAAUCUUAGUGGUAUUUUGAGUCUUUUAUAAUAUAUUCAA